AUGUACUAUGUGUCGGAGCUUCAUGAACUGGAGGAAGCUAGAGGCUCAAACGACACCGUUUUCGAUAUAAGAAGCAGCAUUGAGAAAGGAGAUAGCGGCGAAACCGCAGACGCAGCCUCUGUCUCCUCCGCGACCGCGUUUCGGAGAAAAUCAACAAUCCCGGCUCCGGAGAAGAAGCUAACGCUAUUCGCUCUACAACUCGCCAUUCUUGAGAAAACCGCCACCGGAAUCGGAACCCUUGGGUUUAUCUGGGCCACGGUGGUUCUUCUCGGCGGCUUCGCGAUCACGCUCGACGGUUCCGAUUUCUGGUUCAUCACUAUCAUUCUCCUAAUCGAAGGUGCCAGAAUCUUCAGCAGAAGCCACGAGCUCGAGUGGCAGCACCAAGCCACGUGGACCGUCGCCGGCGUCGGAAUCAGCAGCUUUCGCGCUCUCCGGUCAAGCUCAGCCUCGCUUCUCAGAAAUCUAAAACGAACCAGUGAAUUGAUCUUCAAGCCGAUCUUAGAAAGCCGAUCAAGGGAAGUGACAACGACAAGAGACUGCGUCGUUAGAGAAGCGACGUUCGACGAGGCGUGGAAGAACCCAGACGUACCUCUCCUUCCGUACGCCAGAUGGUCCUUCAUCUCCAGCACAGUGAGUCGGCUUCUUUACUGGCUCCAGCUUCUCUCUGCAACGGCCUGCGUGGCACUGUCUUCUUACAAGCUCGUCAGGCACAACUAUGGAGAUGUUCACAAAGGAGACACGGACAAGAGGAACAGGCAGUCCGCUCUCAACAUAUUCUACGCGCUGGCCUUCGCCGAGGCGCUGCUGUUUCUUGCCGAGAAAGCUUACUGGGAGUGGCAAGUCAGUGUCUGCAACUUGCUUGAGAAUGUGACGAGAGAGUGUGAGUUUGGUGUCACUGGUUUGGUAUCGAUCAAGAGGUUUUUCUACGAUUCCUACUCAAAGUGUGUCAAUGGGAGCAUAUUCGAUGGCCUGAAGAUGGAUAUAGUGAGCUUUGGUAUGGAUCUCUUGGGAUCAAACUCUUCUGAUGAACAGCUCAUCGGAGCGAGGAUUCUCAGGCAGUUUGCAGUGACUGAACGGUACGCAGAGGAUACACUUGAGAAGAUCGGAAUCAACUUCCCCGUUGUCGAAAGGUUGGUAGAGAUGCUGAACUGGAAAGAUCUGCAAGAGGAAGAGAUUAGGAGAUCAGCGGCUGAGAUACUAUCGAAACUAGCUGGCAAAAAGCAGAACUCUUUAAGAGUCGCUGGGAUCUCUGGUGCGAUGGAGUCGAUUUCGUCGUUGUUAGAGAGCACGAGGUCAUCAGGUGAAGCGCCUGAUGAGAUUGGGGAGAAAAAGGUGUUCCAUGACCAUAAUCUACACUACGACUUCUGUAGAUUCAACAACCUGGGACUCUUGAUUCUGAAGAAACUAGCCAGAGAUCACGACAACUGUGGGAAACUCGGCAACACGAGAGGCCUUCUCCCAAAGAUAAUCGAUUUCACACACGUGGACGAAGUUCUGCUGAGGGAUGAGAACGCAGACGUUGCUAGGUCACAGGUUCUGACGUUGAAACGGUCGCUGCAGCUGGUGAAAAUGUUAGCCAGCACGACCGGGAACACAGGGAAAUGCCUCCGGAGAGAGAUCUCGGAGAUCGUUUUCACAGUCAGCAACGUGAGGGAUGUGCUGAGACACGGAGAGAGAUACCCGAAGCUGCAGAAGCUCGGAAUCGGGAUAUUGACAAACCUUGCGCUUGAGACGGAGGCUCGAGAGAGAAUUGGCGGGACGGGUGGUGUUCUGAAAGAGCUGUUCCAUCUUUUCUUCAAACAUGAAACACAUGGGGACGAUAGGAAUGAAGGAUGUGUGAGGAUCGCUGCAGGGGAAGCCAUAGCGAUGCUUGUGUUGGAGAGCAAAGGGAACUGCCUCCAUGUUCUUAGGCUUGGUGUGAUGGCAAGACUUGUGGAAGCACUUGAAGUUCCUUCGAUCCGUGUGAACGCUGCAAGAGUGUUGAGAAACUUGUGCUUAUACUCUGGGGAUGAAUGCUUUCAUGACCUCAAGUUCGUUAAAGCAGCAGCACCAACGGUGUUGAAGUCAAUAACAUCAGAGGACAACAAACUACAGGAAGUGAUGGUGGGGUUAGCAGCACAAGUGUUUAGAUUCAUGAGUUCGGAAGACUCGAGCUAUGUCUUCAUGGAGUCAGGGAUCAAGAGGCGAGAACUGGCGAACUCAUUGGUUACGAUUCUGAGGAAACACGACAAACCGGCGAUUAAGGUUCCAAGAAUCAGGAGAUUUGCGAUCGAGCUGGCGGUUUGGAUGAUGGAGGAUGACGUGGAGAACAAUGUAGUGGUGUUUAGAGAGUUGGGUCUGGAGAAGGAGCUUGAGAAGGUUCUAGAAACUACGGCUGAGCUCGAGAACUUCGAUGUUUUCUCCGGUACUGUUGGAGUGAGCCGUCACAGCAGAACGAUAUGCGAAAAAGUUCCAAGCAACAAGCUUUUUCUCUCUGUAUGUCUUAUUUUUCUAGAAAAGUUUCUGCGUGACAAAUUUUCCCGUGAAAAAGGAGGACAGCAAAUAAGCUUCGUAUUUGAUUCUUUGCUCAAAGUUAAGGACAAAACAUACAGAGAUCUUGUGAUUAUCCCAAGACAGAAACAGAGGAAAGGACCUGUCUGCUGGUUUUCUGAGGAAGAAUCUUUAGGCAUGGCUUCAGGAGGAUCAAAGUCGGCAGCUUUCAUGCUUCUGCUGCUGAAUCUUGGUCUCUAUUUCGUCGUCACCGUCAUCGCUUCCUGGGCUGUUAAUCACAGCAUCGAGAGAGCUCGCGAGUCCGCGUCGGUGCUGUCUCUUCCGGCGAAGAUUUUCCCGAUAUUCUUCCCGGUGGGGAACAUGGCGACUGGUUUUUUCGUAAUAUUCUCGUUGAUCGCCGGCGUCGUAGGAAUGGCCACAUCACUCACCGGAAUCAUGAACGUUCUUCAGUGGGACUCUCCGAAUCUCCACUCUGCCGCCGCUUCCUCUCUCAUCUCCUGGUCUCUCACUCUCCUAGCCAUGGGGUAUAAAGCUCAGCAUCCGGUUUAUAACUAUAUCAAACCGGGUUUUCAUCUGGUUCGGUUGGCCUGUAAGGAGAUCAACAUAGGCUGGACCGAGGCAAAUCUGAGAACUCUUGAAGUGAUGACAAUAAUUGUGAGUGCUACUCAGUUGCUGUGUACCGGAGCUAUUCACGUCGGGGUGGGAGAAACAGUCGCCGGAGAAAGGCCUCAUGGAGGAAGAGUUUGA